UGGCGGCAUUUGUUUUCAUUUCAACCACCUACGUUUGUUGAAGCCAUCUUGGGUUUGUAAAACUGAGCUUUGCUGUUUCAGACUCUGUGAAGAAGCAAGGAGGAAUUACUGCAGGAGAAACUACUGACAUACUAUUGUAAAGAUGGAGUUUAAGGAAGAACCCUGCAGAAUAAAAGAUGAAGAUACAGAGGAACUAAUAGUGAAAGGAGACCAAUGGCAUCAGUUUCAAAAACCUUAUUUCCUAAAUGAAGAUGGAAACGCAAUCAUUUCACAGACUGAAAAGAAUUUCACACUGAAAUGCACUCAAAAAACUGGAAUCAAAGAUUUUUUCACCUGCUCUGAGUGUGGAAAAAGUUACAUGCAUAAAAAAAACUUAAAUGUGCACAUGAGAAUUCACACUGGAGAAAGACCAUUCACAUGUGCUCAGUGUGAAAAGAGUUUCAUUCAUAAAGGUCAUUUAAAUGUGCACAUGAGAAUUCACAGUGGAGAAAAGCUGUUCACAUGCACCCGUUGUGAAAAAAGAUUCUUUCACAAAAGAAGCUUAAAUGUGCACAUGAGGAUUCACACUGGAGAAAAGCCGUUCACAUGCUCUCAGUGUGGAAAGAGUUUCAUUUACAAAGAAAGCUUAAAUUUGCACAUGAGAAUUCACAAUGGAGAAAAGCCGUUCACAUGCAGUCAGUGUGGAAAGUGUUUCAAUAACAAAGGAAACUUAAAUGUGCACAUUAGAAUUCACACUGGAGAAAAACCGUUUACAUGCUCUCAGUGUGGAAAGAGUUUCAUUCACAAAGAAAGCUUAAAUUUCCACCUGAGAUCUCACACUGGAGAAAGGCCUUAUACAUGCUCUCAGUGCGGAAAGAGUUUCAUUCAGAAGGGACACUUUAAUGAACACAUGAGAAUUCACACUGGAGAGAAAACGUUCAUAUGCACUCAGUGUGGAAAGAGUUUCAAUCACAAAGGAAACUUUAAUGAGCACAUGAGAAUUCACACUGGUGAAAGACCAUUUACAUGCAAUCAGUGCGGAAAGAGCUUUAAAUUCAAAAGUGUUCUUAACAAUCAUCUGCGCUCUCACUAGAGAGUUGUUAAGCUGUGAUCAGUGUGAUAAAACAUUUGUUGUGGCAUCAGACUUUAAGAACAAACCUUCAUGCUGCUGAAACUUUUGUUCUUUUUGUAGAAAGAAUUUUUUACCACUGCAUUCUUUAAAAAAUGCACGAUCUUAUUCAUACUGAUGUGAGACUGUGGGAGGACCUUUAUUUCAUCUGGCGACUCGGAGAGUUCAUACUGGAGAGAAACCUCACCAGUGCUCACACUGUGGAAAGAGUUUCACUCGGUCAGAAUCCGUGAAAGAUCACGAGAGAGCUCCUAGUACACCAGUACUCUUCACGUGGGAGGAGCCAAUCAUCUAAUCUACAGUUUCAUGAGAAAAGGUUGUCUAGAAAGCAAUGUUCAUGUUCAGGUUCUUCACUUUCAAGUAAAUAUCUUGAUAUAAUUCUAAUAGAGCAAAAGAUGGAAUUUAUUGCAACAUAUCAGCAUCAUCAAAGAGAGACAUUUGUUAAAUUUAGUAAUAAAUAUUGGUUGUAUGUUCAACUCAGGAAGGUCAAAAUGCCCAAAUUUAGUAUGAACACUUUUGUUCAUAUUGGGGAGUAAAUAUAGUAAAACUUUGUGUAAAAAUAAUUGUGUACAAAUUUACUUUGUUAUUCUGGUGAAGCACUGUUGUUGUUGUUAUUAUUAUUGUCAUUUGUUUUAUUUAUAGCAACUUACAUUGUGUUACAUCAAAAUUGUUACAACAAGAAAAAAAGAAACUUGUAUAUUUUGAAUCGCUUAAAGAUAGUUCACCCAAAAAUGAAAAUGUUGUCAUUAAUUACUCACCUAAAAUCCUUAAGUCUUUAGUUCAUCUUAUGAACACAAAUUAAGCUCUUUUUAAUGAAAUGGAUUGACCUCAGUUUUCUGAAGCGAUGGGAGUGUUUUGUUUGUGAUUUACUGCCGUUGUUUGAAUAAUAUGUAAUCAUGUAAUCAAUAAAAAGCUCUCUGUAGUAUUUUACAACGUAAUAUAAUCUAAUUACAAGUACUUCAAUUUUGGAAUCGGAUUAUGUAAUCCAGAUUACAUGCAAUCAGUUACUACCCCAGCACUGCAUUUGAAAAAUAGCAAGGAUUUUUGAAUACUUUUUCACAAAAUGUACAUGAAUUAAGAACUGUAACUGAUUUUAUAACAAGUAAAUCACCCCAUUAUACAAACAUAAUUCUCUUGACAUGACUCCAGUGCAGUAGAUGGCAGACUGUUCAUUUAUAAUGAACUGUUGUGUGCAGUAGCCUGGGGGAGGUAGUGACGAUAGGAGAAAUGUAGCUUUCAAAAUAAAAGGUAAAAACACUCAAACUGCUGUUAGAAAUAGUGUAAAUGCAACAAGAGCUCAGCCCACAUGUGUAAUGACACCUUUACCAAACAAUUGCACGUUAUCAUAAAAGCAUAAUAAAUUACAUUUACUAAUAUUAAUGAUCAAUUAAUGAAGUGUAUAAUUUGUGUCCUCAUCACUAGUUGUAGUUAUACAAGUUAGUGGUCUGAUUACAGCAUUCAACCCUCAUCAAUAUUCUUUCAACUUCUCUCUGAACUGAAUUGAAGAACUGAUAGUUUAACAGUGCUGGAAAUAUAGAAACAAUAACACCACUUUUGAGAGGAUAAAAUACUAAGAUGCGUUAAAGAAAUAACCGUAAGUUGGCAAACACAGCAGCCAUUUGAUGCUCAUCUUUAUUUACAGUCUGGAUGACGUUCUCCCAAAUCUCCCAACAUCUUUAAUUUAAUCAGUCUAUGAUAAAUCAUAUCUCAUGUAAUAGAUAAUUUCAUUAUAGCUAUAAGUAAUUUAGUAUUUUUCUGAAGAACAGUGGGCAACACACAGUAUCAAAUCUGAAACAUCUGUGAAAUUGAUUAUUCAAGGCAGUACUAAAUGUAAAUUACAAAACAAAAUCUUUAAUUCCACUUUAUUUUUUUAAGUGAUUAACUUUUUGUUGAUUCUGGAAGGACUAUUUACACAUACGAUCUCAACGGUAGAAGCUAAAGACAAAAGCUCAUGGAAUUGUUUCUAAAUGACUAUUGAAACAAAACACUUAAAGACACCCUGUGGUGAAAAUCAAGUUUUUAAUGUUUAUAUGUCUAUGUGGUGUUUUUAAUAUGCUUUCAGACAAACCAUGUGCAUCUGUUGAUAUGAAAAAUCAUGUACUUUUAGCAAUAUAGCGGGUGAAUUAUGUAUAUGAUGUAUAUUAUGAUGUUAUGAUGAACUAUAUGCCUUUCUCCACUGAUGUUCCAAGUUGUUCAAAGCGUUUCUAAAGAUUGAUUUUGAGAACAUGGUUUGUGUAACAUUAGCAACACAUUAUUAGCUGUUUGACAAUGCAGUCAAGCAAAAGGCUAAUCAUAUUAAUUACCAUUAUAUGUCUGACAUUGUAAAGAGUGAUACCUUUGUGCAGCGUUUACCUCAGUAAUUUGAGUAAAAGUUGACCACGUGGGUCUCUGGGCUAGUGUGAUUGAAUGAAGGCAGAGAUUAAUUUGCAUAUUCAUAGCCCUGCUUAUACUGCAUGAAGCAAGGGUGUAGAGUUACAUUCAAGCUAUAUAAGGCUUUUUUUUUUUUACAAGGAUAAAAUUAAACUGGGGGACUUUAAAGAUGGAUAAUUGAGAGUGAUUGUAAGUGGGAUGAGCAUUGCUAAAUGAGAACCACAAUUCACACCGCUCCCACAGCCGUUCAUGAGAGAUUAAAUGCUGGGGAAUAUUCCCAUUUUAAGGUGUUUGGGAGACCUUAUAUGUGCUCUGACUGUGGGAAGACCUUUACUUUGUCCUGCGACUUGAAAAAACACCAGAGAAUUCAUACUGGAGAGAAACCGUACAAGUGCUCACAC